AUGGAAAUUUUUAUAUCUACGAUUUUUUUUCCAGGUGGACAAUUGUAUUUGAAGGGAUUUCGCGAACGUACUUAUGUCCCAGUCAAUCAUCCUAUUGAUAUUUGCCUGCUUAAGGUGGGAAAAUCCGUGUUUGCAGCGUCACUGAAUAGACGCAAGAUGAAGGAUAAUACGGCUGCUAAUCACACUAUUGUGUCAUUUUUCUUCUGGAACCGAAAUGUCAAAGCUUUCCAAAAGUAUAUGGAGUACACGGGCGUAUUGGCUCGGAAGUUCGAAUGCAUUUCACAUGCUUCCCUUGGAUUCGUAGCCGUGGUCAAUUAUUUCAACGGCACUGAAAAGGCGGAAACAUCUCCGUUCAAUCUAAGAAUAGACGACGGUUCACCAGUGUUUCAGAUCCGGGAAAACGGAGAUACGGAAAUAAUUCAAAGGUUUAGCCAAUCCAAUCAGAAUACCGUUCACAUGUGGGUCCAUGGGAAGCACAUAUAUCUUACCCACACGUACACAAAUUUGGAUGAAAGCGUUCGCAAUGUGUGUCCUUUGUACCGCUGGUCCGGUUAUCACUUCGAUGCAAUCGACGAGCUGCCCUGCUACAACUCGAUUCACAUUGAGCCGUUCUCUAUCGAACAAACGCUGUAUCUUGCCAUCGCCAAUCAGAUGAAUGACGAAGCGGUAGACGAGGAUACCUUUUCCGAUCUGUUCAAGUUUGACUACGAAAGGCAGAAGUUCGUUUUCCAUCAGAAAAUUUAUAUCUACUCUGUCGCGCAUAUCGCUUAUAUGUUCUUAGAAUGGGAAGAUAGAAGAGAACACUUCCUGGUAACGGGGAAUUCUCGUGCCGGUAAGAAGAAUAAGGCCGGCAAGUUGGACUACGAUCACCACUCGAUCAUAUACAAGUUUCUCAACGGAUACUUUGUACCUUUUCAAAAAUUUGAGUUGUACAGUGUGAAGCGGUUUUUGCCGGUUAUGCGCGAAAAUGGAGAAUUUCUGCUGUUGAUCCUCUGCCGCGGUAAACCGCUGCUGAUCUACGAAUACGAUGGCUGGAAGUUUUCGCCCUCGCAAAUCGAUUACACGCGGGAAGCGUUCGGCGCCGGCGUGUCCCGCAUGCGUGUCUACCGGCAUAUGAUCGAUGCCAGCCUGAUCGUCAUCGCCAACCGGGAUUUGUACGGUACGACUACCAAUAUUUUCUCACCAAUGUAUGGCGUUAAGAACGAUUUGAAGGACGUCUACCGGGAGUUUAUCGAGUGGUGUGACGAUACAACGAAGCAGUUGGAAUCGUUGGAUUUGGAGGAAAUUUAUAAUCGAUUAGCGUCCGGUGGUUCGACGGUGAAAAUCGAUAGCGAAGUCGAAGUGCGAAAUUCGACCAUUGAAGUCCUGCAUACAAAGGUUUUAAAAGUAGGGGAUUUCGUGUUUGAUCAGCCCAUCAUUGACUACUUGAAUGCAGCUAAUCGCCAGUUGGAAAGACUGGAAAAGAAAGCGAAGGAACUGGAAAAGAUAAUCGACGGAAGCUUUAAAUUAAACGAGACUUUGGAAAUUAAAGGGGACGUAAAAGCACCCCAGAUUAUCGCAUCAGACGCGUUGGUUAGAGAUUUGAAUGCGACAUACGUCAAUGGAGAGAUAACGAAAAGAAGUGCCGAUGAGAGCCAUUACGAAGAGGUAAUUAAUGUGGAUCGUUUGAUUGUAGAGGAUCACUUGGAUGCCAAAUUUCUGAAUGGAUAUGCUAGUGAAACAUUGCUUCAUACAACAGACGACUUCACAAAACUGAAAAAUGUCGUGCUGUUCGCACCCGAAGUGGAAAUCAAAGGGGAGCUUUUUGUGCAAAACCUAAUCGACGGAAUUAAAUUUACUGAAGAUAACGUCUUGAUUGACGGCUUAGAUCAAGAUUUUACCGGGAAAACUUUGCGUGUAAACAAGCUGGCUGUGAAAAAUCUCGUCACAAACAAGUUGAAUUCUACGAAUGUAAAUAUUACUACGUCCUCUGCACAGCCAACCUCGAAACGUAACUCCUCCACCAUGAGGCAAGCUCAAUACAGGGAAAUUCAUGUGAAAGAUCUGGAAUUGACGGGUCUGUUGAAUGGCGUAGAUAUUAACUACCUAGACAAGCAUGCUUUGAAGCGCGUAGGUAAUCAGGUUAUAACUGGUGAAAUUAGCUUUGAUAAAAUUAUCGCUUCCAAGGUAGUCGUACCGAGCAACCGUCUCUCGGGUGUAGAAUUAAAUUCGUUGGUUCUAACGGAGCCAAUUGGAGACCAUAACUACUUCACCGUUCGUCAGGAUGUGGAAUUUACGCAGCCCGUAUAUAUGGAGCACGUAGAUGUUGAUGAACGCGUCAGCCACAUUCCGGUGAUAGAUGGGAAACUGCAGGUGCUGCUGCAAAACUCCGAAGAACCUCAGCUAGUGACUGGUGCAAAAACAUUCGAUAAUGUUCGAUUGUUAAGUCCCAUCAAUCUACGCGGUAAAAUAAGCGGCAGCAGUUUGAACAAACUGAAUCCAAUCAGGACGAUAGAGAAAGACGUCUAUUUGGAAGGCGAUUAUGAGAUUAAGGGGAACGUAACGGUCGAAAUGCUGAAUGCAACCAAUAUUUACGGCGCUAACAAAACUUACAACUUCAUCGACCUUUACACGCAUGGAUUACCGCUGAAUGCUGCUACGUCCAAUCACUACUUUAUUUUCAAACAACCCGUAAUUGCUGAUUCGGUGUUUGCCACUUCAUUAAACGGACUUGACCCACGUGAUUUAAUACAAACUACCUCUAAGAGGGUACAUAAUAUUACCGGCAGGAAAACGUUCACUGGUGAUGUGAACAUGCUAGGAGGAAGCAUUAAAGUUGAUGUAAUCAAUAACGUCGAUCUGGAACACUUGAAUCGAACCGUACUGAAGCGGUCGGAAGACCAAGUAAUUGAAGGUUCAAUCCAUUUCAAAAAAAUCAUCCUUUCCAGUAUCGUCGCCAAUCGAACACUGUUCGAGGGUGAACCAUUGAGUACGGUCUUAUCAACCAACUCUAGCGAACGGACAUGGUCUACGGUUCGAUUGGAAAAAUGCAAUCUCACUAUCGAAGGCGAUCUCAACGUAACGGAUCUGCUCGCCACAAAUGGAUCAACCGUCUUUGGAUACGAUCUUGAUUAUUUGAUAAACGACACACUGCAGAUGGGCAAAGCGGAGGAAGGAGAGCCGAAAACCAUCACAGGACUGAAACGCUUUCGUAAUGUAACAGUCGGUGAGCUGAUUUUGGCUGACCGGGCCACUCUGAAUGGCAUUGGAAAGGAACGCCUGACGGCGAUUGGUAAAUCCUUCCACAACGGAACGUUUAUAUUUGAGUCACUUACCAUGGAACAUCCACUGCACGCCCGCAACGUAUUUUUCAACGGAUCGUUAAAUGGGGUUCCCAAGAACGAGUUUGGAAAUUCAUGGCUGUUGAACGAGCAGAACCAAACUUUUACGGCUCCGCAAAUUUUCGAACACGUGAUUGCAGAUAAAGUUUUUAUAGAUGGAUACUUGAAUGGCGUUAAAAUUGAGCAGCUUAUGAAGAACGUAUACUUUUUGAACGAAAAUGAGCACGUGGAAAACGCCACCUUCCAUGGAGGCAUUGUUUCGCACCGACCGGUGACGGUUAGUGGGCUGGUAUCGGGAUUGAAUUUAGAAACCGAUGUUCUGCUGAAUUCUCCAAUUCAGCAUCAAUAUCUGAAGGAACUUCGUAUUGACGGAAAUCUAGUGGUGACCGAUAAGAUCCACAUUAGCGAUACUUUGAACGGGAUUAACUAUAACAAACUACGAGAAUUUACGAGCGGCACUGGUCAACCGUUCAACGUCGAAGUUCAAGGCAACGUGUACUUUGAAGGAGAACCUGAAGUGGUGGAACUGAAUGGAUAUAACUUACAGCAACUACACCGCGACGUGUGGAUGACCAACCGUGAUGAGGUGCUAACUGGGUCUUAUCGUUUUGGAGAAGUUCACUUUAAAGAUUAUGUUCGCACAAGGGGUCCAAUCAAUGGAUUGGAUUUGGAUGAAAUUUCCCAAACUUAUUUGAGUUUGUCAAAAGCACAGCACGUGACAACACCGUUAAUAUUCAAGGGACCAGUAGAGUUCAGAAAUCACACCACCGUUGGCGGUAUCGUCCUCAAAGGGCUGCUGAAGGGUUCAGAAGAAUCAAAAGGCUUCGAUAUUGUAGACUUUGACAGAAACGUGCUGAAGAAAAAUGUCGAACAAACCAUAACAGGUCACUGGACGUUUCAUGAUGUAGAAGUUCACGGAGCGUACAACCUAACCACCAUUAACAACUUGGAUUUACGGAAAGACAUUCUACUGGCAGAUGCACCGCAUGCUACGUUUACGGGCUCCAAGCAGUUCGAAAAUAUCCACGUUCGCAGUUUGCGAUGUGAGGCGCCUUGUAUUAUUCAAGGGGUUGACUUUACUGAGUGGUUUGCAAACGCGGUUCGAUUGACCGGAAAUCACACUAUCGAAGGUGUGACCUAUUUGGACUCGCCAACCAUUACCGGGGAGGUUGAAAGUUUCGGACCGGUGAACAAUAUCACCUUUGAUGAGGACCAUUUACUGCUCAAAUCUAUUCCACAAACGAUCAAGGGCAACCUGUACGUGAAGACCAAAUUUCCGGAGAAGAACCUGAUAUAUCCACUGACUGUAGAAAAUUUGGAAGUUAAAACAAUUAAUGGAAAGAAUUUCAACGAAUUUGUAGCUAAUCUCGCAAGAACGGAUCAAUCUCCGUUAACGAUUAAAACACCAGUUACUCUGACCCAACCGCUGGAAGCUCGAAGUAUAGAAACGGGCAAUAAUACAAUUUUUGGAGUACACAUCAACAGCUUAGCGCAGAAAUUAGAAUUCGAUGAAGAAGUAAAAAGAUACGAAUCGAAAUUACGUUAUCUCGAUCAGAUCGGACAAUCACUGAUAGACAUAUUUAACGCCAAAUUGUUUUAUCUAAGCCAUUAUCAACCUGUAGGACCACUGGAGGGCCAUUUUGGCACUCUCGACAUGAUCACAAUUUCGAACUCGCAUCAGCCACCUUUGCAACUUCUGGUUGCCCACGUGAUUCAAAGCAAUCGCACAGCUGUAGAAUUUUACCGGUGGAAUAAAAAAGAUUCCCAUUUCCGAAUCGCUAAAGGAUUUCCAUCAAUUUCUUCGCCGAAAUUGGUCGUUAACAACCUUAAAACGAUCAACUUAGGCAGAGCGCAGUACCUGUUUGUAGAGUUUUACAAUCCUUUACAUCAUGACUAUCGCCAAUCAAUUCUAAGUGCACAAGAACCGGAUCCGAUGAACGCCAAGAAAGCGUCAAAGUUCGUCACUUGGUACGAAUUCAGCAGCGGCACCAGUAGGGACAUGAUCACCAUUAAGUUGUUCGAUUUGGAUUGCGUCGGACUUUAUUCAUCGCUGGUCGAUGGAAUGGAGAUCCACUGUCUACAGCGAGACAAUCAAGAGAUUUACCGAAUGAAGUUGCUCCAGUCGAUUGCUACUCCAGCGGUCAGACAAGCUCUCUACGUAAAAGGUCGACUGAUUCUGCUAGGUCGUGACGACUUUCUGCAAAUUUGGCGUCCCCAGUCGCACUAUAGAUUGGUGCUGGUUCAGCACGAAAAAAUAGAUCAUCCCAGUUUUAUCACCGCGAUCAGCUUCGACUAUCAGCUUUUCAUCGCCGUAAACUCGGAGUCUCAGGUAGAGGACGGUGCCCAUCAUGGAUCGAUUGAAAUUUGGCGUGACUUGCGCCCGCAGGAUCGAAACGGCACGUUUAGCAAAUAUCAAACUAUUAUGGCUAGCGUUCCCAAGCAGAUCCGGUUCUCGGUACUUGCGGCCACGGCAGAUCUAAUGCUGUACACUUUGAGCGACCGGAAGUUUCAUCCGCUGGUGAUCUAUCAGUACGCGGGAGCGGCAGGAUUUACGCAGUAUCUGGAGAGUAAAACACUUCGAACUACGGCGAGUCGGUUGGAAGUUCUUAAGAUGGAACGUAAUCAGGGUGAAUUGCUGGCCCUGAUUGGGGAUGACCGAGUAGAUCUUAUUGAGGCUGUUAUAGGGAAAAAAUGA